AAAAAUUUAAAAAACCAGUCUCUCCAGUCCCCAGUUCGCAAAAGGCUCUUCUAUGAAUUUCAACUGAUUCUGCCAAUAUUUACAACCGAUCGAUUAUCAUUUCGUAGUUUAAACAAAGAUCCAGCAGAAUGUAUGAACCCAAACAGCAGAAUUUCUUGGAUUUGCCGGAAAACAGUGGUUUUGGGUCGGACCCAAAAUCAUGGCUCUCCGGCGAUGACCUCAGCCGCACCCUCUCUUCCCUCUCGGCCGCUGCUGCCGCCGCCUCUGCUACAGGAAAUGUCGACCGCGUCCUCUUCAACGAUCUUGUCGAGAUGGUUCCUCUUGUCCAGUCACUCAUUGAUCGGAAGGCGAACUCUUCCUUUACAAGACGGGGAUCAAUGAUCUACACCAAGACGCCUUCUAGAGAAUCUCUAUACAAGAGGACAGCUGGACGGAGUGCCACCGUUGCUACCAAAAUGAAUGGUGAUUCCAUCCAAGAUGGCUGUGCCGAUAACUUAACAAAUCUAUCUUCAAAGAAUAUGCUCUCUGAAAAGGACAGAGAAGAGCUUAUGACAUUACGGGACCAAAUGGAGGAUCUGAAAAAGCAAUUAUCAGAAAAAGAAGAGCAUCUGAAAUCGCUGGAGUCCUCAAAGAGAGAAUUGGCCGCCAUUCAGACGAAGCUCGAUGAAGUCAGAAAUGAGGCUGCAGAAAAGGACUCGAUGAUUAAGUCCAGUCAAUUACAGCUUUCUGAUGUGAAGAUUAAGCUUGCAGACGAGCGAGCAGCUGUCGAAAAAUUACAAUGGGAAUCAACGACUUCCAAAGAGAAAGUGAAGAAGCUCCAGGAAGACCUAGAUAGGGUGGAAGGGGAAAUUUCAUCGUUCAUGCUACUACUUCAAGGCUUGGCAAAUAAAGAUUUUCCCAGUUCUGGUGGAGAUUAUGAUUAUGACCCUUAUCCUUUUGAUCAGAAUUAUGAAUUAAAUAAUGAGAUCGAUAUGCAGAAAUUGGAAGCAGCAAGAGAAGCUUAUAUUGCUGCUGUGGCAGCUGCCAAAGAAAAGCAAGAUGAAGCAUCUAUUUCUGCUGCUGCCAAUGCAAGGCUUCAUUUGCAGUCAAUUGUUGGGAAACAAACCUAACAAAUACAGUCUGCAGCAAGAGAACGAAGGCUGUGAUUGGCUUCUUUCGUUUGCCUUCUUGUUUGGGUAUCUGGGUAAUGCAUGCAAUUUUUCCUGAACAAUUUGAAUUGUAUUAAGGAGCAGUUGCAUGUUAUUAUUUAAAGAUUGUUUGUUCGACAUUUGGAUCAUGAUGUAACAUGGAAGUUGAAUGUUAAGUGGACUUCUGUUGGCUCAACUUUUAGCAUAGACAUGGUUAUU